AUGGCAUGGGGGACAGCGCAUCGCGCAGAGGCGGAUUUCCGGAGCGAUGUUAUUACGACGCCCUCCACCGGUAUGCUUGCGGCCAUGGCGGGUGCAAGCCUUGGAGACGAUGUCUUCCAAGAGGAUGAGACGACAAACGAGUUCCAGUCUCUCCUGUCUUCUCAAUGUGGUGUUGAAGCAGGGGCGUUUGUCAUUUCAGGGACGAUGGCGAAUCAGUUGGCCAUUCGGACUCUGUUGACGCAGCCUCCUUGUGGUGUGCUUGUCGACGCCCGAGCCCAUGUCGUCCAUUUCGAAGGAGGUGGACUCGGCAUGAGUGGCGCGUCUAUCCAAACGGUUCGGCCGUCAAACGGGCGGUUCAUGGUGCUGGAAGACGUAGUCUCUCGCGCUCUCGUCACCGAUGAUGUCCACAAGUGUCCAACGAAAGUCAUCAGUAUCGAGAACACCGCAGGUGGGAGUGUCGUCCCAGUCGACGAACUGCGCCGCAUCAGCCAGUGGGCUCAUGAUAAUGACAUCAAAGUCCACAUGGACGGCGCUCGACUCUGGGAAGCGGUCGCGGCCGGAGGAGGGAGUCUGCCAGACUACUGCAGGCUCUGCGACCUGGUCUCUGUCGACUUCAGCAAGAACCUCGGUGCCCCCAUGGGCGCAAUGGUGCUUGGUUCUGCCCGGCUUAUAACGCAGCUCCGUCGGAUCCGUAAGAGCCUCGGCGGCGCAAUGCGACAGUCGGGGCCAUUAGCAGCAGCAGCUCAGUUUGCGGUACUGGAGCAGUUUGGUGUUGGCCCUUGGGGAAGUCGAGACAAGCUGCGUUCAGUCCAUGAGCUGGCGAAGCAAGUCGGGCAGCUGUGGGUCGACCUGGGAGGAGAGCUGUUGCGAGAGGUCGAAACCAACCAAGUGUGGGUUGAUCUGGGACGUGCAGGGAUGACGAUUGAGCGAUGGAACGAGCUCGGGAGGAAGCAUGGCAUCAAGCUGGAUGGGAAGCGGAUCGUCUUGCAUCACCAGACCUCGGGCGAUGCGGUCGCGAAGCUCGGCCUUGUGUUCAGCGAAGCGCUCAGAGUGCGCGCCAGUUUGUAA